AAACGAUAAAAGGGUGAUACAGCUGACACAGAAAACACCUCGCUUCCGCAAUCAACAAGCACCACAUGGGACCUCCCCCAGCUUUCCUCCUGCUGGCUCCGCCCGGACCCUUUUACGCGCUAUCCCGCCCACCCCGGAAGUGAGGCGGAGCUCCUAAGCGUCUGCACCCUGUCAGCGGAAGUGUCUGUUAGAAGCUCUUCGGCUGCUUUAAAUUCCUGCUGUCCUGCACGCUCACCCUUUUCGGGUGGAGUCGAGCUUUGUGCGUGGAAUGGCUGUGGACGUGAAGUCUCGAGCAAAGCGCUAUGAGAAACUGGACUUCCUCGGAGAGGGACAGUUUGCCACGGUUUACAAGGCCAGAGACAAGAACACCAACCAGAUCGUCGCCAUUAAGAAAAUCAAACUUGGACAUAGAUCAGAAGCUAAAGAUGGUAUAAAUAGAACAGCCUUAAGAGAGAUAAAAUUAUUACAGGAGCUCAGUCAUCCCAAUAUAAUUGGUCUCCUUGAUGCUUUUGGACAUAAAUCUAAUAUUAGCCUUGUCUUUGAUUUCAUGGAAACUGAUUUAGAGGUUAUCAUAAAGGAUAAUAGUCUUGUGCUGACACCAUCACACAUUAAAGCAUACAUGUUGAUGACUCUUCAAGGACUGGAAUAUUUACAUCAACAUUGGAUUCUACAUAGGGAUCUGAAACCAAACAAUUUGUUGUUGGAUGAAAAUGGAGUUCUAAAAUUGGCAGAUUUUGGCUUGGCCAAAUCAUUUGGGAGCCCCAACAGAGCUUACACACAUCAGGUUGUAACCAGAUGGUAUCGGGCACCGGAGUUACUGUUCGGGGCAAGGAUGUACGGUGUGGGUGUGGACAUGUGGGCUGUUGGCUGUAUUUUAGCAGAGUUGCUUCUAAGGGUUCCUUUUUUGCCAGGAGACUCGGACCUUGAUCAGCUUACAAGAAUAUUUGAGACUUUAGGCACACCGACGGAGGAGCAGUGGCCUGACAUGUGUAGUCUGCCAGAUUAUGUGACGUUCAAGAGUUUCCCCGGAAUCCCACUGCAACACAUCUUCAUCGCAGCAGGAGAUGACUUGCUUGAUCUCAUACAAGGCUUGUUCUUAUUUAAUCCGUGUACUCGCAUUACAGCCACACAGGCAUUAAAAACUCCAUACUUCAGCAAUCGGCCAGGGCCCGCACCUGGGUGUCAGCUGCCAAGACCGAACUGCCCGGUGGAAGCCUUGAAGGAGCAGUCAAACCCAGCCAUGGCGGCAAAACGGAAAAGAACAGAGCCCUUGGAACAAGGGGUAUUGCCCAAGAAGCUCAUCUUUUAGUGACAGAGCACACUGGACAGCAUUUCACUACUGAAGGAAAUAGACCAAGAGGCAAAAAAUGGGAAGAAUCGUCAAUGUCAAGUAAAUGCUGUGGAAGUGAAUUUGUAAAUACUCUACAGAUGUAACAUAUGUAAAACUAUGGGAUAUUUUUGUUAAAUAUAUUUUAAAAUAAAAAAUUUAAUUCUAGUUUUUCCGA